UUCCUUCCUCUUUUCUAAUCGUGGCUCAAGAUCUCUCAGCAGAGUCUUUUCAGUGUCUUACAUGUUACAGUUUUCACUGCUCCCACCACCUUGGGGAUAACAUGUGGCUCUUAACAGCUCUGCUCCUUUGGGUUCCAGCUUGUGGGCAAACAAACACUGCAAAGUCCGUGAUCACUUUGCAGCCUCCGUGGGUCAGUGUAUUCCCGGAGGAAAGUGUCACCUUACGGUGUGAGGUAUCCCACCUGCCCUGGGACAACGGUACACGGUGGUUUCUCAACGGCACGGCCAUUGAGACCCUGACUGCCAGCUACGUCAUCGCUGCUGCCGGCGUCAAUGAUAAUGGUGAAUACAGGUGCCAGAGAGGCCUCUCAGUGCCAAGUGACCCGGUCCACCUGGAAGUCCGCAGAGAUUGGCUACUACUCCAGGUCUCUAGCAGAGUCGUCGUUGAAGGAAAACCUCUGGCCUUGAGGUGUCAUGGAUGGAAUAAUAAGAAGGUGUACAAUGUGGUUUUCUACCACAAUAGCAAGAGCUUUCAGUUUUCUUAUCAGAAUUCUGAAUUCACCAUUCCGAAAACCAACCUGAGUCACAGUGGCAUCUAUCACUGCACGGGAAACAGGCACUUCACAUCAGCAGGAGUAUCUGUCACUGUGAAAGAGCUAUUUCCAGCCCCCGUGCUGAGAGCAUCGUCUUCAUCCCCCCUCCUAGAGGGAGAUUCAGUCAGCCUGAGCUGUGAAACAAGGGUGCUCCCACACAGCCCUCUGGUGCAGCUCUAUUUCUCCUUCUACAUGGCAAAUAAGACCUUGGUGGACAAGACCACGUCUUCUGACUACCAGAUACUAACUGCGAACAGAGAAGAUGCCGGGUCCUACUGGUGUGAGGCUGCCACAGAAGAUGGAAAUGUCAUCAAGCACAGCCCUGAGUUGGAACUUCAAGUGCUUGGCCUCCUCCAGUCACCAACUUCUGUCUGGUUUCAUGGUCUGUUCUAUCUGUUAAUGGGAAUAAUAUUUUUGGUGAACACUGUUUUGUGUGUGAUAAUACAUAAGAACCUGCAAAGGAACAAAACGUGGAUUUUAGAAAUUCCUUUGGACUCCGGUUAUGGGAAGAAGGUAACUUAUCGUUGAGAAGAUAGACAUUUAGAAGAAGAGCUGAAACAGCGGGAACAAGAACAGCUGCAAGAAAGGGCAUUCCAGAAGCUCCAGGAGCAGCAGCAGCAGCUCAGUGGGUGCCCAUAAAUCAAGGCAGUCCCUACCUCUUCCUCUUUGUGUGACCAUUGGGGCACAACCUCCAAAAGUUAAAAGACACUAGAACUGUGAGUCCCAUGGCACCUAACCCUUAAAUAAAGCAAAUAAAUGAGCUGACUUCAAUGAUGA